UCCCUUUCUUUCUUUGUUUGCAACUUUCAUGGCGAUCUCACCGAUCUUCUCUUCUAACUUGGAGUUAACAAUAUCUGUCCCCCCUUCCGUGAGAGAUUUGGAUAUAAACCAAGUACCUCCGGCAGGAUCCGAAGACGAAUGGAUGACAUCAACCAUCGAUGAAGAAACCAUCAAUGGCGUCGGUCCUCGCAAAAAGCUUCGUCUCUCAAAAGAACAGUCACGUUUGCUCGAAGAAAGUUUCAGACAAAAUCAUACCCUAAACCCUAAACAGAAAGAAGCAUUGGCUUUGCAACUGAGGCUUCGGCCCAGACAGGUUGAGGUUUGGUUCCAGAAUCGUCGAGCCAGGAGCAAGCUGAAGCAGACGGAGAUGGAGUGCGAGUACCUAAAGAGAUGGUUCGGGUCAUUGACGGAACAAAACCGGCGGCUUCAAAGCGAAGUGGAGGAGCUUAGGGCCAUGAAAGUAGGGCCGCCGACAGUGAUUUCGCCUCACAGCUGUGAACCGCUCCCUGCAUUAGCCCUUACGACGUGCCCACGGUGCGAGCGUGUCACCACCAUCGUGCACGGCGUCGAUCCCAUCAAAAUGACAGCAUCCACCACCAGCACCGUGACCACUGGUGCUAAAGUUGGCGCAUCACCAGCCCUCCAAUGAAAGCUUCAGAAGUAGACGACUAGGUCUUAAACAUAAGAUAAGAGGGGUUUAAAAGAAAAUUUU